AUGGAAAAGAGAGAAAAAUCUAUCUAUCUAUCUAUCUAUCUAUCUAUCUAUCUAUCUAUCUAUCUCUGUCUGUUCAUAUCUAUCUAUGUGUGCAUCAGUAAUCUAUCUAUCUAUCUAUCUAUCUAUCUAUCUAUCUAUCUAUCUAUCUCAUCUGGUCAUAUCUAUCUAUCUAUCUAUCUAUCUAUCUAUCUAUCUAUCUAUCUAUCUAUCUCAGUUUAUUCAUAUCUAUGUAUCUAUCUAACAGUUUGCUCAUAUCUAUCUCAUUCUGUUCAUAUCUAUCUAUCUAUCUAUCUAUCUAUCUAUCUAUCUAUCUAUCUAUCUAUCUAUCUAUCUCAGUCUGUUUAUUUAUGUAUCUCAGUCUGUUUAUCUAUCUAUCUAUCUAUCUAUCUAUCUAUCUAUCUAUCUAUCUAUCUAUCUCAGUCUGUUUAUCUAUCUAUCUCAGUUUGUUCAUAUCUAUGCAUCUAUAUAACAGUUUGCUCACAUCUAUUUAUCUAUCUCAGUCUGGUCAUAUCUAUCUAUCUAUCUAUCUAUCUAUCUAUCUAUCUAUCUAUCUAUCUAUCUAUCUCAGUUUGUUCAUAUCUAUCUAUCUCAGUUUAUUCAUAUCUAUGUAUCUAUCUAACAGUUUGCUCAUAUCUAUCUCAUUCUGUUCAUAUCUAUCUAUCUAUCUAUCUAUCUAUCUAUCUAUCUAUCUAUCUAUCUCAGUCUGUUCAUAUCUAUCUAUCUAUGAAACCUACACAAAGUCCUCCUUCUUCCUUUGUUUAUGGAACAGUAGAACCCGGCGAUCAAUCCUAG